GGCCAAUUUCACUCUGUAUCAACUAACAGUGUCUUAAGAAUAACAUUAGUUACUCAACUUCUAAUUUUUAUUUUCUUUAUUCUCCCAAGACUGGAUUGUCAGAAAAUAGCAAUAUCUUAAGAAUUUGUACAACCUGGUAUAAAAAUGACUUCCCCAAACGACAUCAUGAGAAAAAACCUGAAGAUGAUUCAUGGCUGUCCCAUGGUCUAUGCAUUUACAAACAACUGGGAAAAGAUUGAACAGUUCCACAGCAGACCCGAUGACAUCGUGAUAGCCACUUACCCCAAAUCAGGUACCACUUGGGUUAGUGAAAUUGUGGACAUGGUUGUAAAUAAUGGAGAUGUUGAAAAAUGUAAGCGGGAUUUUAUAACAGUUAAAGUUCCAAUGUUGGAAAUGGCCGUCCCUGGACUAAGAACUUCAGGAAUAGAACAAUUAGAGAAGAAUCCCUCACCCCGGCUUGUGAAGACACAUCUACCAAUUGAUCUCCUUCCUAAGUCUUUCUGGGAGAACAACUGCAAGAUGAUUUAUAUGGCUCGAAAUGCCAAGGAUGUUGCAGUUUCGUAUUACCAUUUUGACUUAAUGAAUAAUUUGCAACCUGUUCCUGGCACCUGGCAAGAAUACCUGGAGAAGUUCAUGACUGGAAAUGUGGCCUAUGGUUCCUGGUUUAAUCAUGUUAAGAGCUGGUGGAAGAAAAAGGAAGAACACCCAAUACUUUUCUUGCACUAUGAAGAUAUGAAAGAGAAUCCAAAGCAGGAAGUCAAGAAGAUUAUGAGAUUUCUAGAGAAGAAUUUGAAUGAUGAGGUCUUGGAUAAGAUCAUCCAUCACACCUCAUUUGAAAUGAUGAAAGACAACCCUCUGGUGAAUUACACACAUAUACCAAGUACAGUGAUGGAUCACAGCAAAUCCUCUUUUAUGCGUAAAGGGAUUGCAGGUGACUGGAAGAAUUACUUCACAGUGGCCCAAAAUGAGAAAUUUGAUGCCAUUUACAAGAAGGAAAUGUCUGGAACUGCACUUCAGUUCCGCACAGAGAUUUAAAGAGCCUACACUGCCAAUCUGAAGGAGGAAGAACUGAGCUGUAAUUUGUUAAAAUGGGCAGUUAUGACUUUACUUGGGCAGUCAAAUGGACUUAUAAAGGAGAAAAUGUGCUUUUAAAAUGGAUUUUUUUUUUUUUAGCGUCAUUAAUCAGGUCUCAGUUUCACUCCUGACUCUGAGCUUCCAAAUUCCCUAAAGUUAGGGCCAAUUGUUACCUUUUUGUAGGAUCUUCCUGCCUUUUCCUAGACUAGUAUGAACCGCAAAGUACAUAUCCUACUCAAUCUCUACAUAUUGUGGCUGAGAAUUCUGUUCCCCUCCCUAUUAACAUGGUCCAAGAAGUCCUAUUUGCACCCUGAAACUAUAUUUUUUAGCUCUGCCCCAGCUUCCCUUUGUUGAAAAUUUGACUCAGGACACUGUGUUCCAUUGCUGUCUUCCAGGUUUCAAGUUGUUCCCUGGGUCAUAGAUCAUCUUCUCACAGUGUCACUAUUUGGAUAACAUAGUUCAUGUCCCAGAUGAUGUGGUUCAGAUUUCAGAAAUGUUGUUCCUAUACCUAAUUUCUAAGCAUACAAAUUUUUAAUUGAUGAGGAUCCAAUUUCUGGGUCUCCAUAGGUGAAAGGCCUAUACUGGUCUCCCUAAGACCCUUCCAUGGGAACUGUAGCUCUGCUCUGAGAGCCUGGACUGAGGCAGCAACCUGCUUCCUGUGCAAAGUCCUCCCCAACCUCAACAGUCUCUACUGCAAGGCUGAGAAUUGUCUAUUGUCAUGCACUGGGCAGCAUUCAGGAAUUUCAGUUACUUCAUUUUGUGAUUUUUUUUUUUUUUUUUUUUUUGGUGUGUGUGUGUGGCAUUUAUCAAACUGGUACCAAAGGGAGACUCUGUUCUGAAUUUCCACUAUGCCCUUCUCACCCCAUUUCCCUUCUGUGUACCAUCCAACACCUAUGCCCAUCAGCUUGGGCUCUUUGAUAAAAUGCUUC